AUGUCGAGCUCGCUGUCAUCGGCGACCUCGACGCAAGCUUCGUCGGUGUCCUCUAGCACGCCGAGCCAGACUCUAGGCAGCGAGAACUCAGGUUCAGGCUCGUCAUCGCCUUCCUCGUCGCUAUAUUUGUUUACGUUUCUAGCCACCCUCUUCCUCCUCCUCUUCGUCUCCGCAGCGAUCGUCCUGCGGUCGUUCAUUCUCCGGAGGCGUUUCCGCCGGAGGGUCGAGGAGGCCCUUGCUGCGGGUAUUCUUCUUACCCCGACUGCGGGCGCUCCGGGGUCUCGAAAGAGACUCGAGAAGCCAAGACUUUGGGAUGCCUCGCUGCUGCCUGCUCACCGCGAGGAAUGGGCAAAAGUCAUGCCUGUCGCUGCUAGGCUUCUGAACGUUGCAACCGCGAGGACCGGGAACAGCGACAGUCCCUCGGUUCCUGCAGAGCCGCAGCUGACACCCACACUUCGUCAGACUGCUUUGGGUGUCCUGCAGCGCCCUUUCGCACGCAGGCGUGCGACUGCAUCAUCCACCCUCCCAACCUCUCCGUUGUCGCUCAGUAUGUCGCAAUCCGCAGGUUCGGAUGCUGCAGAUGAUCCACUGGCGCAGACGAGCCAGGUGGAGAUCACCGUCCUUGUGUCCAUGCCGAACCCCCACCGACCCAUGUAUUCUGUGGAUGCGGCGAACCGUCCUGCUUCUACGAAGGGAAAGGGGAGGAGCUCUUCGAGCUAUUGGGACGAGGAAGAGGACGGCGUCCCCGACGUUGUACUCGGCCUCGCCCGAGUACAGUGCAAAGGUCUCGCUAGUCCCCUCGAACAGUGAUCACGUCUACAAUCUCCCCAAUUCUUGCAUUCACACUCCUGUCACUCAGGACACUGGCUGUACUAUUCCAAGAAGAGUCCCACAUGUUGUUACAUUAUAUUGUAGUAUAACGUCUGUCUGAUUCAUGCUCAUAUGCUCUAGAAGAUCUCAGGCUGUAUAUCAUAAUACGUACUUGCAGAGCAAUUGCUACUGCUCCUGA